ACACAAGUCAGGUGACUUUUGAGUUGUACUUGCCCAAAAUAUAAAAAAUAAAUUAAUCAAAAAUGGCAUUACAUGCAGCUAUUAAGGGUAAAUUAAUAUCAGUCAUAGGAGAUGAGGAUACCUGUGUUGGGUUUCUGUUGGGUGGAGUUGGAGAAAUGAAUAAAAACAGGCACCCUAAUUUCUUGGUUGUUGAUAAAAAUACUGCUGUUAGCGAAAUUGAAGAUUGCUUUAAGCGUUUUCUCAAAAGAGAUGAUAUUGAUAUUAUUUUAAUCAACCAAAACAUUGCUGAAAUCAUAAGACAUGUAAUUGAUAGCCACAAUUCCCCAAUACCAGCUGUACUUGAGAUUCCAUCAAAAGACCACCCAUAUGAUGCUAGCAAGGACUCGAUUUUGAGACGUGCAAGGGGUAUGUUCAAUCCUGAUGAGUUGUAAGUAGUCCGAUUCUUUUAAUGAUGUACAACCUACACAGUGGCAAGUGCAACAGUAUAAAAAUUUACUAGAACACAACAGUUAUUGUUAUUAUGUACAUAUAUCUUGAAUAAAAAAUGUAUAAAAUCUUAAUAGUUCACAAAAAUAUAAAUGUUUUACUAUUAAUUAAGACGUGUAUUAUAUAACACGCUCAGUAUUAAACCAG